CACGUGACUAAGGCCUUGGCCGCGAAUGGUCUCAGCCGUCGGAUCCUUCUGGCCUUUCCAUCCCCUUCUGCGGGAAAUUGCGCCGGCGCAGUGAGUACGGCACCUCGUCGCGGGCCGGUAACGUCAUCAGGCGUUGCAGACCGUGUGUGUCCGCGAGGCGCUAAGCGGUGGAGGCUGAGGACGAAGAACAUCCGGCAGCAUGAGCGGCUGCGGGCUCUUCGUGCGCACUGCUGCUGCGGCUCGUGCCUGCCGGUCUCUGGUGGUCUUUACCGCGAGCCGGCGGCCACUGCGCACCAGCCCGCCUAUACGAGCUUUCGCCAAGCACCUUUUCCUGGGCAAAAUCGAGAAGAAAGAAGUUUUCCCAUUUCCAGAAGUUACCCAAGAUGAACUUAAUGAAAUCAGUCAGUUCUUGGGACCUGUGGAAAAAUUCUUCACUGAAGAGGUGGACUCUCGAAAAAUUGACCAGGAAGGGAAAAUCCCAGAUGAAACUUUGGAGAAAUUGAAGAGCCUGGGGCUUUUUGGAUUGCAAGUCCCAGAAGAAUAUGGUGGCCUUGGCCUCUCCAACACCAUGUACUCACGACUAGGGGAGAUCACCAGCAUGGACGGGUCCAUUUCUGUGACUCUGGCAGCGCAUCAGGCUAUUGGCCUCAAGGGGAUCAUCUUGGCUGGCACUGAGGAGCAGAAGGCCAAAUACUUGCCUAAACUGGCGUCUGGGGAGCACAUUGCAGCCUUCUGCCUCACCGAGCCAGCCAGUGGGAGUGAUGCAGCCUCAAUCCAGAGCAGAGCCAGGCUAAGUGAAGACAAGAAGCACUACAUCCUCAAUGGCUCCAAGGGUCUUACUCUGUCAACCCAGCUGGAGUGCAGUGGCAUGAUCUUGGCUCAGGUCUGGAUUACCAAUGGAGGACUGGCCAGUAUUUUUACUGUGUUUGCAAAGACUGAGGUCGUUGAUUCUGAUGGAUCAGUGAAAGACAAAAUCACAGCAUUCAUAGUAGAAAGAGACUUUGGUGGAGUCACUAAUGGGAAACCUGAAGAUAAGUUAGGCAUUCGGGGUUCCAACACUUGCGAAGUCCAUUUUGAAGACACCAAGGUACCUGUGGAAAACGUCCUUGGAGAGGUCGGAGGUGGGUUUAAGGUGGCCAUGGACAUCCUCAACAGUGGCCGGUUCAGUAUGGGCAGCGCUGUGGCUGGGAUGCUCAAGAGAUUGAUUGGUAGAAAUGACUGCUGAGUAUGCCUGCACAAGGAAACAGUUUAACAAGAGACUCAGCGAAUUUGGAUUGAUUCAGGAGAAGUUUGCACUGAUGGCUCAGAAGGCUUAUGCCAUGGAGAGUAUGACCUACCUCACAGCAGGGAUGCUAGACCAACCGGGCUUUCCCGACUGCUCCAUUGAGGCGGCCAUGGUGAAG